UGGACCCGCACGCCUCUUCCGCUCCCCGAAGACCUGCCCAGCAUCAACAACAUCACCGGCACGCCAACUGUCAUCGGUAAACGGGGAAAGAUCGUCGCCCAUCCGGCGUCGUCGUCCAUCCUCCUGAUCCUGCCCUCCAACGCCGUGAAUGCCACGGGUCUCUCUAUCUUGCGCUCCACCGCUCCCGGUCACUUCCGCGACUGGGAGAUUGUAUGGGAAGAGACCUCGGGUUGCGUUGGAGAGCCGCUAUUCGAU